AUGUCAAUUUUAUUUUCUACAACUGAAAAAGGCAAGCCAGUUCUGAUUGAGAACGGUUUUGAUUAUAUUCAAGAACGUACUCAUGAAAAUAAAGUAUAUUGGCGAUGUACACAAUGCAACAAACAGAAAUGUAAAGCUAGAUUGCAUACAACUAAUAACACGAUUUGUCAUCGAGUUGGCGACCACAAUCAUGCUCCAAAUCCAAGUAUAAGUGGAAUUCGUCAAUGUCGUUCUGAAAUUCGUGACCUGUCUAAAACAACAAUGGCCACACAUUCAAUUGUUGCCACAUCAAUUGGUACAGCAUCUACUGCAGUGUUAAGCCAGCUUCCACCUAUCAAUAACUUCAAACGUACCAUCUGUCGACAACGUGCUGCAAAUCUAAAUUUUCCAGCAAAUCCUCGAUCAAUAUCAGAAAUACAUAUAAACGGCUCAUUUGCUCUUACAAAGAAAAAAGAACAAUUUCUACAAUACGACUCAGGAAACCAAGAUUCAGAUCGAUUUUUAAUAUUUGCGACGAACCAACAACUUGAUCUUCUUCAAUCAUGUCCAGACGUGUAUAUGGAUGGCACAUUCAAAGUCGUUCCCGAACUUUUUUACCAAUAG